AUGCAUCAUGUGUAUAAAGUUAGUAGAUUUUGGUACAACUGGAUUUCAUCGGGGGUUGGUAUGGGUCUGUUCCCUCUCAAGUACAUUAUUGAGUGGAUAGAACAAGAUCUCCAGAGCCAAGAAACUGGUCCGGAAGACCUAGUAAUCUUGAUGGGAAGACAGAAAACUAUCUUGUCCAACAUUUUGGGCAUUGACUCAGACAUUGCAGCCCAUAAGCCAGCUUUGACGGAAAGCCAUAAGAAAAGAUGGUUGGAUUGGACUCUUGAGCAUGCUAAUCGGACCGAUGACAAAUUGAAAGGUGUUGUCUUUGGUGUUUAUAGACGGCAACGUAAGCCAAGAUCAAUACGUGAACAAUUUGGCUCAGAACAUCCUUCCUUGGUUUCAAAGUCUUUUACGGGAACGGAACAGGCUCUUGAGAGGUGUAUGAGUGAUGAGAGGACCGUUAUCAACAAGCUUAGCGAUCUGAAGGUUGUAAUGCAACAAGGAUGGAAAGUAAUAUGUGUCGAACUUGGAUCAAAUAUGGCAGGAAGUAUGCACCAUCCUUGUCAGACUCUGUAA